UUUUUUUAAUUUUUUUAAUUUUAAUUAAUAUCUGGUGUAUUAUUUUUCUGAUUUAAGAAAGAGAAAAAAAGAAUGGCUGAAGCUGCAAAGGUAAGGUUAGUGCGUUGCCCAAAGUGUGAAAAUCUUCUUCCUGAGCUUCCUGAUUUCUCUAUUUACCAGUGCGGGGGCUGCGGUGCGGUUCUCAAAGCUAAAAAGAAGGGGGUUGUUGAAGAUGAACCGUCCGAGAUAACCGAUGAUGUAAUAAAGAGCAGAGAAAUUUCCGAGGAAGAUAAUAAUAUAGUCAAAGCUUCCACGGUAGAAAUGGAAAGUUCCGAUAGAAUCGAGGGUGGUGUUUCCGACACACUCCACAACAAAGGAUUGGCUUCAAACGGUGGUAGUUCUAGUUCCACAUCACUAGCUGAUUCCGAUAAGAGAAGGAUAGGAAAAGAACGAAUGGCCAGAACACUAGAAAGUUCCGACGAAGACGAGUACGGAUCAUAUUCUCAUGGGCAUUUCCGUAACCGAAAUCGGGGUAAAAAUUCCGAGGCGAAAGUUGGUGGUGGGCCCGAAUACGUUCAAGAUUCGAGGCCUCAAAUGGAGCCGUUAAGAUCUACUAGGCCCGUUACGAACCAGUGGGGUGAGAAAAGGAACGACGAACAAAAAACGAGGUUUGAUGACUUUUCUUACCACCACGAUGAAGGGCAGUCGAGCUAUAACACAAACUCUUAUUACAAACAAGAUAGCAUCGAAUCUUUGGGAAACGGCCGGGCGGAGCUCUUGAGGAAGCUCGAUGAACUGAAAGACCAAAUCACUCGAUCGUGUGAAAUUACCGAAAACCCCUCGAACACGAGAAUAGUUCCUCCUCCCUCCGAUCCUUACGGUAGACAUCACCAUGGUGGAAGCCAUGCUCACGGGGGUUUACCUAGCCCACAAGGCGUAGUAAACUAUGGUUAUCCGCAAAGAGGGUACCCGCACGAAUUCGUGCAAUAUCCUAAUCAACCGGAAGUUCUUCGUAGGCCGCCAUAUCAUCAUCAUCAGCCCCCUCAAUCUCGAUACACGCAACAACAGCCCUAUCACGAGAAUUUCAACGGUCAAUUUGGUGAUGUAAAUCACGAUCUUUUCAUGUUACAUCGCCACGAAAACUUUUUCCAUCAGCCUGCUUGCUCUUGCGUGCAUUGUUGUGACAAGAAUUGGCAUGUACCUACUAAUAAUAUGGUUGAUCCGUUGGAUUUGCAUAAUCGAAGGGCUCAAAAUGAACUUCCCAAUCGAAAUUUUCAUCGACCGCAUGGGAAUAAUAGUUCGAAUUAUCAUCCAUCUCAGUCUCGACAGUCGUUAACUCUUAGUUCGAACGACUUAGAUUCGGACAAAGACGGGUUGCAUUACCACCGUCCGAGGAAAAUUGUGGCGCCUCAUAGGAGCGUAAAAGUGGGCCACCCGAUUGCUGGCGGCGCUCCUUUUAUAGCGUGCAGUAAUUGCUUCGAGCUGCUUAAGAUUUCGAGAAAGCACGUUUCUUUGACCAAAAGUCAACAGAAAAUGAAGUGCGGGGCGUGUUCUUCGAUUAUCUUGUUUGAACUUGGGAAUAAAGGGUUUAUUGCUUCUGCUUCUUCGCAUAUUGACCAAAUACCAACUGAGAUUGACGAAGGCUCGAGUGGGACAGUGGAUGAAAACGUGAGAUAUUGGAACAACGGUUCAAAUAGUGCCAAUAUGAAUGGUUGCUCGAACGAUUUUGAUGACUUGGGCAGCAAGUUUUCUCCGACAGAAAAUAGGUCGAAUUCUGGUGAUUCUGAGAAGCAAUUGGAUCGUCUUUCGUCCAAUUCGAGUCUCUCUGAAAACGAGCAGAGCCCCGAAAAUAUAUUAUCAAGAAAACCCGAUUUCCCAUCUGCAAAGUUGUUACCUUUAACCAAAGUGAACUCUUUUCAAGAACCCGAUUCCCCCGACAAUCUUGCGGACAAUCGUUCGGACAUAUUGAACAAGAGUAAAAGAGUUGAGGAAGAUAAGGUUUCUAUUUCUAGGACAGUCUCACAACAAAGUUCCGUAAGAGAUGCAGCGGCGGCAAGUGAGAUAGAUGUGCCGUUAAACGAGUUUUCGAAUAGCUACGUGUCUCAUGAUUCUGUUGAAACGAGUAAAGAAGAUUCUGCAAAGGUGAAUAGAGGGUCGGGCGAUUCUUUCUUUGCGGGCCUUAUUAAAAAGAGCUUUCGAGAUUUCAGAAAACCAAACAGCCAAGUUGUGGAAGAUGGUGGAUCGCAGGUUUUCGUAAACGGGCAUUUUAUACCCGAUCGGUUGGUUAAGAAGGCUGAAAAGUCUGCUGGCCCGAUUCAACCCGGAGAAUAUUGGUACGAUAAGCAAGCUGGAUUUUGGGGUGUGAUGGGACAUCCUUGUCUAGGCAUUGUUAUGCCGAAUAUUGAAGAAUUUAAUUAUCCUAUCCCGGAGAAAUGCGCUGCUGGGAAUACGGGGGUUUUUGUCAACGGGCGCGAGCUUCAUCAAAAAGAUUUAGAUUUGCUUUCGAGCAGAGGUCUUCCGAUCACAAAACACAGAUCUUAUAUAGUCGAGAUUAACGGGAAAGUUGUGGACGAGCAAACCGGGGAAGAAUUGGACGGUCUUGGCAAACUUGCACCCACGGUCGAGAGGGCGAAGCAUGGGUUCGGUAUGAAAGUUCCCAGAUUUAUUUCUCAGUCGCGGAGUUAAGAGAGGUGGUGCUUCAAUCCUUUUUUACGAGGUUUUCACACGAUGAAUUUGGUUAAAUUAUUUGGGAGUACAUUCUAUCAGAGUUGUAUUUGUUCAUUCUUAUUGAGAAUUGAAAUAUAUAUUAUGGAUUUUAUGGUUAUUAUUUAUUGUUAUUUUUUUAUAUAUUUGUUAU